AUGGCGGGGCUGGUACUGGCCGAGGGCCUGGAGCGUGCAGGCGAGGUGACGGUGGAACGUGGGGCAUCGAGGGACGUGGCGGCUGCGGCUGGAGGGGCAGGGGAAAACGACGCAGCGGGGACUGAGAUGGUGGCUGCUGUGAUACCCAGGAUGGUGGCUGCAACGGUGCCUGAGGUUGCUGCUGCGGCUGUGACUGCAGCUGAGACGGUGGCGGCGGGCCCGGCGCCUGCUGGCGGUUCUGCCGCUGCCUUUGGCGGCGGCUCAACUUCGCCCUCUGCCACCCCACGGGCUGCGCAGUUGGAGGCGGAGGAGCCAAGUCCGGGCGCGGAUCAUGAGCAGACCGCAGAGGCGGCGCUGUCCGCGUCGCCGGCACCUGUAACGGCGGCUGUGCUGGCGGCGGCGGUGUCUGCUGCGACUGGGGAACAGGACGGAUCCCCGCCGGUGGAAGGCGCGACGACUGCCGCUGCGUGCGCCGAAAUGUCUGUUGCUGCCGUGGCCGCAGGUAGGCAGGAGCACGGCCAGACGGAGGGAGAGAAUACGGGACCUGCGAACGGCGCUUCUUCCAGCGCGGCACGUGUGAAGUCGAAGAAGAAGCUGCGGGCCCAGCCAGCGCCGAGACGGCCCGGAGCAGGGCUGGGACCUGGCUCCCCGGGACCCCUCCUGGGCUGGCUUCUGCAAGGGCAACCGCCAUCAGAGCAAGCGCGUCGGUCGUCAUCUGUGCACAUGCAAGGGGAACGGGGGGUUUCUGGACUUAAUGAGGCGGUAACAGAGACGACAGCAACCCGCCACGCUGAGCAGCCGGCUCUAAACCAAGACACUGGAACGCGCAUGCACUCACCGCCAGGCUCAGUUGCUCCAGCUGCGGAAGCCGUCGCCACUCGUCGCUCGGCUCGGUUGGGCGCUGUCACGUGGGGCCCACCAAGGGGAGGCCGUACGCCGUGGAUGCCGGCGGGGAGAGCGGGACUGGAGGCGACGGCUCGGCCAGCGCCAGCGGCAGGCCGGGGUUUCCGCGGUAUGGGCCGCGGGAGACGAGGGGGUGGGCGCGGGGGUUUCGCUCGCCUGGGGGGAGCUGAGAUCCAAGCACGAACGGACCCUUGGCGGGAACGCCACGACCGCCCGGAGGUUUUGGAAGCCGCGGCCAAUAGGGAUGAAGCUGGUUCUGCUGAGGACACUGGGGAUCCGGAGUUUAUGUGUGGAGAGGAGGCAGGCCCAGAGUCCGAAGAGGUUUCUCUGGAUAACGAGGAGGAAGUGGGACGAGGCCGGAAUCGAGUGAGAGGAGAGGGGCCGGAAUCGCCUGUACCAGCGGCGACGGUCACUAAUGAAGUAAGAUCGCCGGCCACGCUGGCAGAGGAUGACGCCAUCUGGCAGGCGGCGGGGACGUGGACUUUGGACCUACUUCAACGGAUGGACCAACCUUUCCUAGUCAGACGACUACCACCCCAAGUGCUGGACAAAUUCUGCCUGUGCCUCCUCGCACCUCUCCUGCGGCUGUCAACAAACCCAGAAUGCCCAGGUGCAUGGGCGAUCCUCCUGUAUCUCCCCAGGCUGACACUUCGCCCGCCACCAGAGCCAGUCACUGGCAGUCGUUGGGCAGCAAUUGAGGCUCGGCUGCAUCAGUUCCAGCUAGGAGAAUGGGAUGUGUUGUUCGAGGCUGCUUGCACCAUCCCCGACAUGGGUGCUCCGCUAAGGCACCAAGACGAUGACGAGGGGGUUUGUGCGAGAGCGGAGGGUUUGGUUAAAAAAGCCCUGGCGAACGAAGAGAUUCUACUGCUGCUGGCGAACGUGGUCAAUCGCCUUGGCAGCACUUUCCAGAGCCAACCGGUCCUCGACAUUCUACUUCCUUCUCGGCUCAUAGCAUUAGAGAAGCCUGGGGGAGGAGUUAGACCGAUCGCAAUAGGCGAGGCGUUACUCCGCGUGGUGGCUAAAGCAGCGCUACACAGUUUGGGCCCUAAAAUCCGGGAGUUUUUCCUUCCCGUUUAG